CAUGCUGGGCUUGGAAUAGGGUGCUGGGGAAGAACAGAGGACAUGGAUUAGGGGCUAGGGAAGGUCCUACAGAUACAUAUUCAGGAGGCUGGGAUGAUCAUGGGAAGGUCCUGCAGAUACACAGCCAGGAGGCUGGGAUAGUUAUGGGAAGGUCCUGCAUACAGAGCCAGGAGUCUGGGAUAGUUAUGGGAAGGUCCUGCAGAUACACAGUCAGGAGGCUGGGACAGUUAUGGGAAGGUCCUGCAUACACAGCCAGGAGGCUGGGACAGUUAUGGGAAGGUCCUGCAUACACAGCCAGGAGGCUGGGACAGUUAUGGGAAGGUCCUGCAGAUACACAGCCAGGAGGCUGGGACAGUUAUGGGAAGGUCCUGCAGAUACAGUCAGGAGGCAGGGACAGUUAUGGGAAGGUCCUGCAUACACAGCCAGGAGGCUGGGACAGUUAUGGGAAGGUCCUGCAUACACAGCCAGGAGGCUGGGACAGUUAUGGGAAGGUCCUGCAGAUACACAGUCAGGAGGCUGGGACAGUUAUGGGAAGGUCCUGCAUACACAGCCAGGAGGCUGGGACAGUUAUGGGAAGGUCCUGCAGAUACACAGUCAGGAGGCUGGGACAGUUAUGGGAAGGUCCUGCAGAUACACAGUCAGGAGGCUGGGACAGUUAUGGGAAGGUCCUGCAGAUACACAGUCAGGAGGCAGGGACAGUUAUGGGAAGGUCCUGCAGAUACACAGCCAGGAGGCAGGGACAGUUAUGGGAAGGUCCUGCAGAUACACAGUCAGGAGGCAGGGAUAGUUAUGGGAAGGUCCUGCAGAUACACAGCCAGGAGGCAGGGACAGUUAUGGGAAGGUCCUGCAUACACAGUCAGGAGGCAGGGACAGUUAUGGGAAGGUCCUGCAGAUACACAGUCAGGAGGCUGGGACAGUUAUGGGAAGGUCCUGCAGAUACACAGCCAGGAGGCUGGGACAGUUAUGGGAAGGUCCUGCAGAUACACAGUCAGGAGGCAGGGACAGUUAUGGGAAGGUCCUGCAGAUACACAGUCAGGAGGCAGGGAUAGUUAUGGGAAGGUCCUGCAGAUACACAGUCAGGAGGCAGGGACAGUUAUGGGAAGGUCCUGCAGAUACACAGCCAGGAGGCAGGGACAGUUAUGGGAAGGUCCUGCAUACACAGCCAGGAGGCUGGGACAGUUAUGGGAAGGUCCUGCAGAUACACAGCCAGGAGGCUGGGACAGUUAUGGGAAGGUCCUGCAGAUACACAGCCAGGAGGCAGGGACAGUUAUGGGAAGGUCCUGCAUACACAGCCAGGAGGCUGGGACAGUUAUGGGAAGGUCCUGCAGAUACACAGCCAGGAGGCUGGGACAGUUAUGGGAAGGUCCUGCAUACACAGCCAGGAGGCUGGGACAGUUAUGGGAAGGUCCUGCAGAUACACAGUCAGGAGGCAGGGACAGUUAUGGGAAGGUCCUGCAGAUACACAGCCAGGAGGCAGGGACAGUUAUGGGAAGGUCCUGCAGAUACACAGUCAGGAGGCUGGGACAGUUAUGGGAAGGUCCUGCAGAUACACAGCCAGGAGGCUGGGACAGUUAUGGGAAGGUCCUGCAGAUACACAGUCAGGAGGCU